GAGAGACGAGUGUGCCUCAAGGUGGACUUGGUCUAGAUCACAAUGUUCUCCAUGGCUUAUCUGAGCGGCUUCCUUUGCGCCGCGGCUCUUCUCAUAACCACGGCCGGUGAUGCGGCGGAGAUUAUCGGGGGCAAAGAAGUGAGGCCACACUCGCUGCCCUUCAUGGCUCUGCUGGAGAAGAAAGCGCCAUCAUGUGGAGGAGUUCUCAUCGCUUUAAACUGGGUGCUGACCGCUGCCCACUGUGAUGGGAUCGAGAGGGUGCUGCUCGGUGUCCACGACAUGACAAAGACGAACAAGGAUCCCUGCCAGAAAAGAAAGGUCAAAGGCUGGUUUCCUCACCAUUUCUACGAUAAUAGUUCAAUGGUCAAUGACCUCAUGUUGCUUAAGCUGGACGGCGCUGUGAAGCCCACCAAGGCGGUAAAUGUUCUGCCGUUGCCGAGCAGCAACAAAGAUCCCUUGGCUGGCAGCAGCUGCAUGGUGGCCGGGUGGGGGUGGUCCAGCAACAAAGUCAAGAAAAUGUCCAAAGUCCUCAUGUCCGUCAACCUCACCGUCGUGGACAGAGUCAAGUGCAACUCUCCUGAAUACUACGACUUCAACCCCAUCAUCACCAAGGACAUGAUAUGUGCUGGUUCUGAUGGCAAAAAGGAGGCGGGCACCUGCCUGGGGGACUCUGGUGGUCCGCUGGUGUGCAAAGGAAAUCUGGUUGGAGUCACUUCGUUUGGAUCUCGGAAGUGCGGCCAUCUACCUGGAGUGUACUCCUUUCUCUCAGCCAAGCAACUCAACUGGAUCAAAAACGUCAUGAAGAAAAACUGAUUACAAACUCUGCAUUUGGGGCCAUUUCAAUAAAGUGCUAACAUUU